UUGUUUAGUAAUCAAGUCAACAUCGUUUAUGAAGUUAUAGAAUACAAAACUGUAAAAACGGAAACACAAAAAGAAGAUAACAGUGCCAACAAUGUUCUGGUCACCCACCUUUUUGUCGAGCUCACAUCGCUAGAUGAGUUAAGCUUUCCGACCAGUUCCUCCGCUAGAAUCAAGUAUACUUGUUUGGAUGCAUCUACGCAUUAUUUAGCUGUUGGCUCUACAACUGGAACCAUUUAUUUAUUUUCAAGAUUUGCUUCGAAACAUCGGAGUCGAUUAAGUUCAGUUCCGAUUCAAGUAGUUUCUACCAAGGAUGGUCCUGUUGUCAAGUUAUCAAUAUCACCUAAUGAGAAAUACUUGGCAACUGCAAGCAAGCGAGGUUCAUUGACAAUUACUGCUCUUACUGGUAUUGGCCAAAAUCCUACCAUACUUUUCUCAGUUGAUUCUCAUGUUAGCAGAGAUGAAAAUGGCCAGCCAGCUUAUGUCACAGAACUAUGUUGGUGCAAGGAUAGCUCUAAAAUCUAUGCCGGAGACACGAAAGGACAAAUCAGUCGGACUGUUAUUAAUAAGCGAAGUUUUUUUCGCUCUCCGAGCAAUAUAAUUUUUAAAACAGACAGCGAAAUUGUUCAGUUCGAUUUACGUGAUGACAUGUUGCUUGCUUCUACAAUGACAAGAUGCUGUAUCUGCAAUCUAAAAACUUAUAGUUGUAUUCAGGUAGGAAAAAAAUUACGCAGAGGUCGCCUUGGUGCUGUAUUCUAUACUGAUCAACAAGAAAAUUGUAUGGCAAAAAAUGGUCAGUCAGUACCGCAAAGUACAGACAUAUCUAACGAUUUGACAGCGAUAUUCGCAAGCCGUCCAAACGGUCGGUUGUGGGAAGCUAAUAAUCGCGGUGUUGUUUACAGCACUCACCAAUAUCGAAAUCUGAAAACUUUUUGUCGUUUUCCUGUUAUUUCGUUCAGAAAUAAUUGUACAAUAGACAGCGUAUUUAAUGGUGAGGAAAUUCGAAGUAUCGAUUUUGGACGUUUGAGUUUGAUCCGAUAUAAUAACAAUUCAUUUCUGAUGACAAAAGCAGGCACUUCAUUUUGCUUGAUCGACCCCACCGACAGUCAUCUGGUAUUAGUGAGUACAGCAGAUUUUUUAGGUUCAGUCAAUGAAUAUGCUGUAAACGAUACAGAUGUAUUUCUUUUGUCAUCUGAAACAGAUUACGUACUGAAUAAGUCAGCAUUUUCUUGGGAUCACAAGUUACUGGAAGACAUACUGAACAAAAUUAUAUUGCAGCAUUAUAGAUCGCAGAAUAUACAUGACACCUUGCGUAAACUUUUGAAGGAGACGAAGGAUAACGUCGUGAUUGAUCAGGCACCAAAACUAGCAGUUCAUCGUUUAAAUUCAGGCAUUCAUCGCGUUGUUCAAACUAGUGAAAAUAGUGGUUAUGAGGAUGACUUCACUUUUAGAGCACCUUCGCCUCUGCGGUUAAGAAGCAGAAGUAGUCCACGAACGGAAUCCAGAAAUACCUGGAAACGGAGAAGUUUACCUUUGAAUCAGUUGACUGUGCAAAGAAGUGAUGUAGAUAACUUAGAGCUUCAGAAUUCGGAAGAGCGUCGCAAAAAAUUAUUACAGGGAGCUCAAACUUUAUUAUUGAAUAAGGCCAAAGAGCCGACUAUGGAGUUAGUACGAGAUGGUGGAAUCGAGUCGCUGCAAACAUUACUAGACUUUUCCAAUACCUUGGUUUUAUUCGAUCAGCAAGUAACGGUUAGUGAUGUCAUCAAGGAUCUGGAUGCUGCGAAAAAGUUUCUGCAAUUAAUAACAAGCUAUAAAAAAAUAAAAGAAGAACAAAAACAGCGCACAAUGCAAAUUGAUUUCGAGAGUUUGUUUGGGCGCGCCGAUCCUCUACAAAUGUUGGAAAGAUGUAUAGAAAGCCUUCCAUCUAGUGUGAGUGUCAAUGUAGCUCGUCUUCAAACUGUUCGAAGAACCAGGCGAGGAGCGCGAAUCGUAAAAGGAAUUAAACCAUUAGGAAAGAAAAGUGUACUUUUUUGUCGUUUUUUCACUACUGAUUUAGUGUCAAAAAAAGAAUCUGUGAAAUCAGAGCAUUAUAUACAGUUUUCUCAGCAACAUUCAGUGGAGCAUCAUAAUCUCGCAUCGAAUAAGAAUUUAAGUCUGAACUGCACUGAAACUUUCAAUGGAGUUGAAAAGUCAAAACAUGGAUCGCUGAACCAAACAUUGAAGAUUGAUAUGAGGUCAUUGGAGAAAAGCUAUGUUAUUGAGAAAAAUUUUAUGGUUGUUCGACCGAUUGAAGUAACUUGGACGAUGAGUACUGAAAUAAAGGCAGAUGUUUUAGCUGAUAAUAAAAUUUCUGACACUAUAUUAUCAAAUGACGAUGAGGAAGAUGAAGGUCUUAUGCAACUUAGCGAAGUUACUAUCACACCAGCAGCUUUAUCAUCAUCUGAAGCAAGAAAUCUGCUUGAAGAAGAUUCAGUUUAUUGUCCAGUUUGCGACUUACAUAAGUCGGUUAAACCUUCUCUUAGACAUGCCAUAAUUGACAAAGUUUUAAAACUUUGGCAUUAUGUAAUGAUAUUUGGCCCAAAAAUGUGUCAGUUACGCGUUACCGUUGACUGUUUUGCUGUUGGUGGUGUACCCAUUGGAAUGAGACAAUGGUCAAACUUAUUUGAUUAUUAUAUUGCUGUUGUGGACUCAAAAAAUCCUGUCAAGAGCCUUUGCGAAGAUUGUUUAUCAUUUUUUGACUUUGACGGUCAUUUGAAAAAUAAAUCUUCAUCACUUCAAGACUUGAUUAAGCAGAAGCUAGGAACAAAUAUAGAGGAAGAUGACUUCAAAAAAGAAGUUCAGGAAACGAUCAGAUCUUGGGAUAGUAAUUUAGUAUAUCAGCUAUUUUUCACAGAUGACGCAAUACCUUCAAAAAGGUCCUCUCUAAUUUGCGGAGAUGCCGACAAUAAUAGGUUUGAUAUUUCGCAAGAGAAGCAGAAUGUAGAAUGUCCAAAAAAGUUCUUAUGGUUAUCGACUUUGAAGAUUUCUCAGCUACUUCUUUGCAUGCGCUACUGCGAAGGGCUUGAAACAGUUUUCCAGUAUUUGAAGAAUAAUAAACAAUUGGUGUCACGUUUGACUGCAGAGGACUGGCAGUGGCUAUUUGUUAUGAAGGCUUACGAACUGGAUAGAGCAUGUUACUUGAUGCCAAAAGAGGUUAUUGCUGAUUUGUUAACAGAAUUAAGAAUUUCAUUAAUAGAAGAUGUUGGAUCAGUUUUAUCUGCAUCAUUUUCUAACUCUAUCCGUAAUGAGAUCAACAACUCAGAUGGAGGAAUAGAAAUUUUUAUCGAUGGGAAUUGUCCUUGUUGCACUUUACCAUUGAAGAUGCGCGUCACACAAGACGAUGGCUACAUUACAUUGUUCCGGUGCGGUAAGGGUUUAAGAAUCAUUUUCUGA